GAUUAAAGAAGCUGAUCGAGACGCGCCCACGAAGUACUCGCCUGUCCUCAAUCUUCAACUUUAACAAUAAAAUGAUCUCGACAAGACCACGUGGCUCUCUAUAAAAGCGAGUGAAUAACACAGCAGAAACCAGCGAAUUGUUCAUUUCUUAUCCGAGUAUACCGCUGAGUCUCUUACUUAACUCCAUUUUUUGCUUAGCUUAAUUUAUGAAGAAGACCUAUAUAUUUGCGCCGAGGGAGUACACUGCGCACCCCAACCCAACCCAACCCAACCCAAUCUUCAUCUUCUCCCUCUCUACCUCACAUCACAGUGGUCUUUGUCUCUCUGGCUUUCACUUUCACUUCCUCGUAGGCUUUAAACUUGUAUAAUAAUAACCCAAACAUUUUCAAAAAACACACUUACACUUCUCCCCCCCCAUAACCACAACUACUUAAGCUCAAAACCUAGGGUUUUCAAUUUUCAUUCCACUCAUCUCGUGUUAAUAAAAUUCACACUAAUCAUUAAACACGAAUGUAUAUAAUUGUGAAUUGUUGAAAUGGAUCCACCUAUUAUUAAUGAGGCAUCAUUCUCGGCGGCCAACCCGAGUUCUUACAGCUUAGCUGAGAUUUGGCCCUUUUCCACCGCGGCAAAUGGUGGCGGCAACGGUGACCUUGGUGGAGGAGGCCUGGGUCUCAGAAUGAGCAGCUUUACGGGUUUAUUAGAGGCGGCUGCUAACUCCGUUAACGAAUCUACUGUGACGGAGCAGAGCGGAAGAAGCGGCGGCGGCACUGCUGCUGUCAGGCAGAGGGAUAUGAAUUCGGAGGAUGACUCUUCUAAGCUUGUUUCUACUAGUGAUGCUAAUGAUUUGGAUGGUUCAGUCGCCAAACGCCAGAAAGCAUCAGAAUCUAAAGAAGAAAAUGGCGGCUCAAAGGUAGAAGCAGAAUCCAGCUCCCGGACUGUUAACAAGGGCACUGAACAAAGUAGUAAACCUGAGCCACCUAAGGAUUACAUCCAUGUAAGGGCAAGAAGGGGUCAAGCUACUGACAGCCACAGCCUAGCAGAGAGGGCGAGGAGAGAAAAAAUAAGUGAGAGGAUGAAAAUUCUGCAAGAUUUGGUUCCUGGAUGUAAUAAGGUUAUUGGAAAAGCUCUUGUUCUUGAUGAAAUAAUAAAUUAUGUCCAGUCACUACAACGUCAAGUGGAGUUCUUGUCCAUGAAGCUUGAAGCAGUCAAUUCAAGGAUGAGCCACCCUGUAGAAACCUUUCCUUCAAAAGAUGUAAGUAUUUGGUUUUCUUUUUCCUUAUCACAGGUAGCUGGUAGAUGGGUUCAGGUUUAUGUUGAUCUAAGACAAACACUAUAUCUGUUCUAUCUGUUAAUCCUUUCAAAUUUUUGGAGUCGAUAAUCUACAGGUGGAUAAUAACUUGCUGAAGGUUAUUUUAUCUGAUAUUUUAUUUACUUCAGAUAUUGUAGAUUUGGUAAAGUAAAUGCCAGAAAUGGUAGAUAUCUUUCACUGCCCUAUUUCUAUAUCACAUUUGCUCAUGGCUGCAGUUGAAAUCUCUUUCACCCAAAGACUCUGGACCUAGAAGUUUAAGUAGUAUUAGGCACCAUGGUUGUGAGAAAUUAUGUGAUGGUCAAGUAAAGUUAUUGAAUUAGUUGAUUUUGAUAUCUUCCUCAAGCAUCCUAUGAAUGCUUGAACUCUUGCAACCACAUUUCUCGUAAGAAAUGCAUUCAUGAAAACAUUGAAAACUUGUGCUCUCUUUUGAUUUGAACCUUUUGGAUGAAACUGAUUUGCCACUAGACUGACUCUAGUCAGUUCUCUUGAGGUAGUGUCAACAGGAAAUCACCUGCAUUGGUGUCUGGAGCAUUGCUAUGUGCCAAAUUGCAGUUCUGGGAAAGCUUUCCGCAUAAUUUUUGAUCAGAUAGUAGCUGAGACUUUUCUCUAGAUAGGGCACGGCUUGUUUCUAGACUCCUGACACCUUUGCCAUAUCUUUUAAUUUUGUUUUACUCUAGGCAUUAAUUCUAAGAAUCCAGUAUAGAACAGCAAGGGAAAUUUUUAUAUGGUUAACUUAGUUUAAGUUACUAUCGAGCUUUGGAGUAUAGACUGGAACCAUCUCUAAUAUGCUUCAAGGAAUUUAGUAUCACAACUCAUCAGAUAGACUGUUGUGUAGAAGCACAAAAAGAGCUUUUUGUGACCACUUUUCUUGUGCUUUCUUGCACGCGUUAUUUUUUUUUUCUUAUAGUUUUCGGGGUGGGGCAGGUUUGGUCUGGAAGUUUACCAUUGUACAAUUCUUUUGUUACCCAAUCCCAUCUUCAUAGUGAUGAUGUUUAAGGGGACGUUUUGAAAGUGAAGUUUAAGCUUUUCGCAGCAUUGCUAAAUCUGCACUUUACCAUGUGAAAUUAAAUGACAUGACCUUUGGACAGAUGUAGACCUUUUCUGAUAAGCUUCCAUGCUUUUGUUAUCUGGUGCCACAAUAAAGUCUGUGACGUACUUGCUACCUAUGUUGCUCGGACUCUCCGGAAAUGUUGCUGGGUGCGUGUCGGAUCCUCCAAAAAUAGUGUAUUUUUGGAGGAUCCGACACGGGUGCGGCAUCAUUUUGGAGAGUCCGCGCAACAUAACUUGCUACUUCUUUUGCCCCACUUUCCAACUUUUACUUUUCCAGUCCUUUGUUCUCUCAAUGUAUUGUUUUCUUGUAUGACUUGACCUUGUU